UUAGCGCAGUCAUUUUCAGUUGUAGACAAGCGUCCAAGCGGCUCGAACGUGCAAAUUUAAACGAAGAAAGGUGAAGUUUUGUUAAAAGCUCUGCCGAAUCAUCCAACACUGUGCUAAAAGUGAAUUGUGCUUUUAAUUUUUGUAUUUCAAGAAACCGAUAAUAUGACGUCAACGGCUGAGAACGCAUUGGAGGAAGUGGUUUUAGUCACUGGCGGUAGCGGCUUUAUCGGGCAGCAUUUGUUAAAAUAUCUUUUGCGCGAACAAAAAAAUUUGGGCAUCAAAGAAGUUCGCUCUUUGGAUAUCGAGCCCUUUGAAAAUAAAAUUGGCAUUUCUUACAUAGCGGCGUUGAAGACCUUUGUCGGAGACAUUUGCGAGCCAAAGUCCAGCACUGUGCAGGAUGCCUUCAGGAAUGUAAAUUGUGUUUUCCACUGUGCCGCCUUAGUCAGCAUUGAGUAUCCGCCAAAUUUCAAGGAGUUAGAUCGUGUCAACGUGAACGGAACCAGCACAGUGGUAGACUUAUGUGUGCAGCAUAAUGUGAGAAGGCUGAUAUACACCAGCUGUGCAUCGGUGUGUCUGGUGCCCUUUAAAGGCUACAGCACAUUCACCAUAGUCAUAAAUCAAACUGAGUCAAAGGCCAAUACGCCCACUUUUAAUGCGCAGGAACCCGCUGAUUUCGACAAAUCCUUCCUGAUACCUGGCUAUUCGUCGUCGAAAUUGCGCGCUGAAUCUAUUGUGUUAAACUCGAAUGGAACACUGCUUAGUAAUCAGCGAGAUUAUUUGGAAACUGUGGCCAUUCGUCCGCCGCUCACUUAUGGCGAAGGCGAUGAGAAAUUUGUGCCCCGUGUUUUCGAGUACCUGUCAAGCCGUGGUUACAGUUAUCCCCGCAUUGCCGGCGCUGGUGGUAAACAACAGCUCGUCUAUGCUGGUAACGUGGCUUGGGGUCAUUUGUGUGCCUACAAAACACUUAAGGCGACUCCAAAAGCCAUUGCCGGUCUGCCGGUGUUCGUGACCGAUGACACGCCCAUCAAUGAUGUGACCAGAUUCAUACAGAAAAUGGCUUUGCUCGGUGGAAAAUUCAAGAUCAAUUUGACCUUAUGGUAUCUGCCGCAUUUCCUUUUCUUUCUUCUCUCCUUCCUCACCGAACUGUUUGUGCAGUUACUUUAUCCUGUAACGAAAUUCAAAUUGGCGUAUUCGCUUCGUGCGAUUGCGUCCUUCACAGCGUCGGUGUUGAUGCUUAAUCGUUUGCGCGCUUCGAUACAUAUGGAUUAUGUACCGCUAGUUGAGCCGGAGGAUGCUGCCCAAGAAAGUGCGCGCUGGUAUGCGCAGUGGUGGGAAAAGCAGCGCUCGAAAAAUAAUGGGAAAUCUAGCUAAACUCGAUUACAGAGCUUGCUUAUACAAAUCGGUUGUAAUACUAUAUGCAAGUAAUGAUGUACUCGUACAUAUGUAGAUACAUAUACUUUUAUGUAAAAUAGCAAAAAAUGUUUAUAUCUUGCCUUAGAUAAGCACAAAUUAUUAAAUUUGUAUAUUUUUAAAAUAAGUUUUUUCAAAGGUAUGGUUAAUUAAAAAAUUGUUUUUUUUU